AUGCGUGAGAAGUGGAUGACAAAUUUAACCUUGAAGCCAUACAAAAAAACAGAAAUCAGUAAAUUACGAGUAUGUUAUAAACAUUUCAAAGAAACUGAUUAUACCGGAAGCCAACUUCGCAGAUUAAUUCGGGCUGCUGUUCCUCAUAUGGCAACAGAAAUAAGUGAAAAACAAACAAGUAGUGGAUAUCAAGAACGUGAUAUGAGACAUGAAGAACAAAUUGCUACACCAUUACAAGAGGAUGUGAAUAUAUUGUCACAACAACAACAGGCACAACAAGAAAAUAUAACACUACUGCAGAAAGACGUAGAAACAUUAUAUCAUAUGCAAGCACAAAUACAAACACAACAUCAUGAUCAAUUACAAGAAAUAAUGAAGGAAGUAGGAUCGCUGAAAACACAAUUGCAUUUAAAAUCGCAAACAAGAAGACCAAAUCUUGCAGAACUAGAUAAUAUAUUUUAUGUGGGAGACAAUCCUAUUGUGCCUUUAUAUGAUUUCGUACAUCUUCAAAAAGAACAUGAAAGUCAAUGUGCUUCUUGGGAUGAUAUCAUAGCAGCAUAUGCAAUCGACCAAAAAUGCUUUCCACAUCGGCGAAAGAUGAAAAAAUUAACAGAUAGUCAUAUUUUUCCACAUUUAAUUCCAAAAAUGAAAGUAAAGUUUGCGGUACAAGUCAUAAGCCAUACUGUAGCAAACUUUAUGCAUAUGAUACUUACUUUCAAUAAAGAAGGUGUCGUGCAAACAGAAUAUGGUACCAUGCAUUUGUUCAAAAAUGCCUCCACCACAGCAGAAGCACUAUUCUUGUUUGACGACCUAUUCGAUUCGUUCAAUGGAAGUUGUGAGCAAGGAUUCAGCAGUAUUAUCAUACCAAAUAGCGGCCAUUUAAAAUUUUGGUCAGAAACAUUGCGCAAACUGAAAAAAAUGGAAUUUGUUGAAAAGAAUAGCUACAAACCUUUAAGAAGAAAUAAGCCAAAGUGUUUAGUUAACUGGAAACAAACAAUUCAAGGUGCACAAUGUUUAUGGCAAAUGCUUCAGAAAUGCGGAUUUACCAAACUCAAUUUAAAAUAUUUAAAUCAAGAUCCUGUCGAAAAUUUAUUUAGUCAAAUAAGAAAUCAUGGACAUCAAAAUACAAAUCCAACACCAUAUUUAUUUGGUAUAUCAUUUAAAGCAAUAUUAACGUGCUAUUUAACGUCGAAGCACUCCAUAUCAGCAAAUUGUGAAAAAGAUAAGGAAAGUUUUUUACCGUUAAUGGCUUUAAUGUGUGCAAAAGAAAUUGAAAAUCCAGAAGAAGGUGAAAGAAAUAUAGAAUGCGAUGAAGCUGCUAUUACAUUAGAUGAAGGAAAAUCUGAUAACUCACAUACUUCGUACAUAGACGCAAAAAAGAUUAUUAAUAUAAUCAGGAAGAAGUGUAAAAUUGUAUGUGUUGAAUGUACUGCAAUAAUGGAAAACGAAAACACUAUACAAAUGAUGAAUCGUGCUAUAGAAAUAGCUGAACAGAUUUGCAGAUUUCUGCUAUAAGACAAAAAUUAAAAAUAAACUUUUAACUAUAUUCAGUCAGAUAUUUUCCACAGCACGUUUUCACUGUACUGAUGUGAACAUUUUGCUUAACACUCUUGCACAAUAUUUUCUAAUAGAAUGGUGCAACAUAAUAAAUAAAAUUAUGCGAGGACAAAUAAAAGAUGACCACAAUAAAAGUUACAUAUAUUAUGAGGCACGUAGGAUGUCAUUGAAAUAUUGCAAGAAAAGGUCAUGAAA